GCCAGUCUUCUCUCUCUCCUCUUAAACGCGUCUUCUUCCCCACGACUUUCCUCCGCCCCUUUCUCCACGUUCCUCCCAAGAAAGAAACCCCCCUCCUUCUCGACUCACGAUCACACUCAUCCUCUUUUCACAAGGAAAAACCGACCCCGACCCUCCUCACCUAGCGAAUAAAAAUCCGGCCUUUGUCCAUUUCUACGCAGUCCCAGAACAAGAAACGGGGGGGAGAGAUAGGGAGAGAGAGGCGGGUGGGUGGGUGGGGUGAUUGCUGAGUACGAUGAUGCUGAGAUCGUGUUACCGGCCAUUGGAGAGGUGCUUGGGGAGGUUCGGUGGUGGUAAUGGAGAUGGCCUCUUGUGGCACAUGGACUUGAAGCCUCAUGCUUCUGGUGACUACUCCAUCGCCGUGGUUCAAGCCAAUUCAAACUUGGAAGACCAAGGCCAGGUUUUCGCUUCCCCUUCGGUUACCUACGUCGGGGUCUACGACGGGCAUGGUGGACCUGAGGCUUCUAGAUUCGUCAACAAGAAUCUUUUCCCUUAUAUUCGCAAAUUCGCUAGAGAGCAAGGUGGAUUAUCGACAGAAGCAAUAAAGAAAGCCUUUGACGCUACUGAAGAAGAGUUUUUGCAUUUUGUGAAGAGGUCAUUUCCUGCACGUCCACAGAUCGCUUCAGUUGGAUCAUGCUGUUUGGUUGGGGUUAUUUCGAAUGAUGUUCUAUAUGUGGCCAAUCUGGGGGACUCUAGAGCUGUACUUGGCAGGAGAGUUACAGAGGGAGGGAACAAGCCAGUGGCAGAGCGAUUGUCCACAGAUCAUAAUGUCGCCGUUGAAGAGGUAAGGAAGGAGGUUGAGGCGCUUCACCCUGAUGAUUCACAUAUAGUGGUGUACACACGUGGAGUUUGGAGGAUCAAGGGCAUUAUACAGGUCUCAAGAUCUAUCGGGGACGUGUAUUUGAAGAAACCAGAAAUGAACAGGGACCCAUUAUUUCAGCAAUUUGCAAGCCCUAUUCCUUUGAAACGGCCAGUAAUGACAGCAGAACCUUCCAUCAUAAAAAGGAAACUUAAAUCAGAAGAUUUAUUCCUUAUAUUUGCAUCAGAUGGCCUCUGGGAACAGUUAAGCGAUCAAGCAGUUGUGGAAAUCGUCUUCAAGAGCCCUAGAGCUGGGAUAGCCAAGCGAUUAGUGAGAGCGGCCCUUCAGGAGGCUGCGAAAAAGAGAGAGAUGAGGUACGACGACAUCACAAAAAUCGAGAGAGGAAUAAGACGGCAUUUCCACGAUGAUAUUACCGUGAUUGUUGUUUAUCUCGAUCACCAUAAAGAAUUGCCUCUCAGUACAUUAAAGCACAGCGUGAUGAGUUGUACAAGCGCACCAGCCGACAUUUUCUCCCUCAGUGCAGAUGAAGCAGGAGGGGAUCUCCUUCAAGCAAUGUCCAAAGCAUAGAGUUACCCCAGAAAAAAAUGCUUCUAGUGACAACUGACUUUUUGUUUGUUCAUAUUUAUGUCGAUAAGUUUUGCGACAGAGGAAGAAAAUACUGAAGCUGGAGGAACUUGGUCAAUGAGAAAAAUCGCAAGGAACUAGUGUAAAUAGUUCUCUUUUGGUGUUUUCCUUUUACCCUUUUGAGGAGGAAAGCUGGUUUUGGUUUUUUGAGUGAAGUUCCUACCGGACUUGGGCUUGUUCUUGUUCUUGUUCAACACUAUGGUUCUUUAAGAUAGAUUCUUUUUGGAGGGGGAGAAGUAUGACGGUGACAUUGGAGCAUCAUUUUUGUUCGCUGCUUAGCAACCUUGUUGGGGAAUAUGCUGUUCUGAGUGUUCUCGAUUAUUGAAUUGGAUUUGAUUCGGUCA